GCAUGUGCAGGGACUAUUUCAUCUGUAUCUCUCUAUUGAUAUUGAUUUUUGCAUUAACCACACACUAAAUCGCCCAAAGAUGGAACGAGGGGUGCCAUGGCAGGUUUGGGUGCCUCUGUGGCCUGGGAGAGUGUCAGGGAGGUGGUGUGUAGUAGAAGCUAAUGAGAUCAUAGUUUGUUGGCAUCCGUGUUUCCGCCACAGCUACACAUCCCCUUAUCCAUUUCAUCAGGGAGAAGGCUCGAAGACACUGUCACCAGAGAAGGAGGAAACCGCAUCCAGCAACUAUGAUGCGUGGACCGACCUCGCAUUCAGCUGCGGCGAGCAAGGUAUGUUGUUCUCAUCGGGUCGGGUCACAGAUGUCCCCUUCGAUUGUGUCCUACUGCUAAUGGAGGUGCAUCAUGUGCAAGGGAGUAAGAGUCGAGCCCCGGUUGAGGAGUUUGCAGACAUAUGCGGACCGUUUGAUGGAACUCUUGAUCAAUUAGUUUAUCUUUUUUCCAAGCAAUCAGGACUUAUGACAACUGCGGUAAAGUUCCGUGGUGUUGAUGAUGAUAUUAACUUUAACCCCAAAGACUAUGAGGAGGGCACGAUAAUCAUCUAUCAGAUGAGGAAUUUGUGCAGAUCUUACAGAAGUUAUGCUUGGGCCAUUGGGAAGCUCGGAUGGGUCAAUUUCUUGGAAAGAGGUGAGCAAAUUGAGGGGCAGUUACUCUGUGGCCGUCGGGAAUCUCAAAUGAGGCAGUUUCUUGGCAAGAGGUGUGCAAAAUCUUUUAAUUGCAUCCUUCCUAAUCUGUUACUAUUCGUGCAUAAUACUACAAAUUCAAGUGUACCACUUCAUUUUCCA